CGCAUGCGCAAAUCGCGAUUUUUUAUCGAAUCGGAAACCAUCAACCGUAAAAAAAAAUUUCCCAACGGUCUUUUUGUGGCCAAAUAUCUGUGUCGGCGUUUUUUCACCUUUAAAUCCAGCCCAGAAUGAAUAAAUCCAAUAAUAAUAACGUGAUUGUAAAAUUCAAGAAUCGUAGACAUUAUCAUCAAUUUCGUUCAUUUCAUCAUCAUCAUCAUCAUCAACAUCAUCGAACGAUUUGUCGAGAUUUCCACGAACAAACACGGUUUCCAAUACCAUCAUUUCGUACAUCAAUACGUUAUAGUAAAAGACAACAGGAAUAUGAUUUACAGCAAAAAAUUGAUCUGGAAAUCAAAAUGCGUGAAGGUACGGCAAAAUUAUUGGCAGCUUGUAAACAUAUGAAUCAAAGUUUAGAGGCAGCAAAAUCAUUGCUUACAUCCGAUAUGCGUUUGGCUGAAUUUCGUAAUGAACUCCAAAAACGUAAACAACGUAAUAAUAAUAAUAAUCAUCAUCAAAAGCUUUCAAGAAUGGAACCGGUUUUCAAAGCAAAAUCAUCAGUUUCAGACAUUCGAAUACCAUUAAUAUGGAAAGAUAGUGAUUAUUUUAAAAACAAAGGCGAUUAUCGUCGUUUUGCUGUAUUUUGUUUGCUUAAAAUUGGUACAGAAAUUUAUGAUACAAUCAUGGUGAAUGUAGAUCGUAAUAUCACUGAUAUAUGUUUUGAUGAUACAUUUCAUUUCAAUUGUGUGGAACCUAAUUUUACAUUCGAUCUAUAUAUUUAUGCACGAAUUUUACAUGAUGAUUUAUCGAUGGCAUCUACACAUAAAAAAUUAACACAUAAAAUAUCCAAUUCACUUUCAAGAAGUUUUGGUCGUAAAAUGAUCAACUAUAAAGAUGAUUUUGAUCCUGAAACUGGACCGAAAUUCUAUCUGAUUGCUCGUUCUACAUUGAAUCUAAAAGAUUCUGCUGAUCUAAUCAAAACAUAUGAUCUAGACAUUGAAGAAGAAUUGGAUAAAAAUCUACAAUUACCAUUAUUUGGUCAUUUUUGUUGUCGAUUAGCCGUACAACCAGAAUGUUUACUAAAAGAUUAUCAUUCAGGUAUUGUUAGAUCAAUAGAUUCCAAUGAAAUGUUUUGGUCAGUAUUGGCAAAAUUCAAACUAAAUCUAUGGCAUAUGAAAACCGAAUUGAAAGAUGAACCAGCAUAUCUGAAACAUACGGCCAGUAAACGUACACCGGAUUUAAUAAUACCAAUAAAUAAUCAAACAAAAAUUAGCCAACAAAAAGACCAAACAGCUUUGAUACAACUAAUCAAUAAUGAUAUAACAUUUACAUUCGAAUCAAUCAAUGAUCAACAUAAUGAAUGGUUUCGAUGUUUGAAUAAAUGUCGUGAAGAUUUCAUUGCAUGGCAACCAAUUGCCGAAUAUAAUAUGGAAUUGGCACCCAUUUCACAUCAUCGUUCACAAUAUCUGUUUCAUGAUCGUCCCACGGGAACAUCAUUAUAUAACGAAACAUCCAUACAAGGUAUAUUAUGAAUUUCGAAAACAACAUCAUCAUCAUGCAAGCUUUUCUCACCCACAUAAUAAUAAUAAUAAUCAUCACUAUACCGGUCAUUCAUAUAGUUUGUCAUCGAAGCCUGUUUGAAAUAUGGAAAAAAAAUGAUGAUGAUGACCAUCAUAUACAC